AUGGAGUCUUUUGAAAGACCUAGUCGGGUUAGCACGGCUAACUUAUUAGAAGUCCCCACUGUAAUUGAUUUCUCUUCAGAGGACGAAGAUGUUAAACCUGACAUUAAACAUCGUUUCUCUCCACUUCCCCGAAGGCGGAAUUCUGCUUCUUCAGACGAAGAGGAGGCAGAUAUCCCCACCACCAUUGCAAGAAAAGUUUCAUUUGCUGAUGCAUUUGGGUUUGAUCUUGUGUCCGUUAAAGAGUUCGAUACCUGGGAAGUUCCAAACACAGGACAAAACGAUGACAUAGAAGACGAAGUUUUCCCUCAGGAGGAAUAUUUUUUCUCUCAACUGUUUACGCUACCUGCUUCGCAAGAAGAACUUUUGCAAAAAGUGCGAGAACAGAAAGUACUGUUGGAGUCAAUCGUGUUCCUGCCUGGGAUUACCUGUAUGAACGGUAUUAUACGAGUCCUCAAUGUAUCCUUUGAAAAACUGGUGUAUGUUCGAAUGACACUGAAUGACUGGGUCAGUUAUUAUGACAUCCUUGCAGAGUUCAUGCCUAAUUCUUGUGGUAGUGAAACCGAUCAGUUCUGCUUUAAGAUUUCUUUGGUGCCUCCUUAUCAGAGAGAUGGAGCUAAGGUGGACUUCUGUAUACGCUAUGAGACAUCGGUUGGUACCUUCUGGGCAAACAACGACGACAAAAAUUACACACUGAUUUGUCACAAGAAAGAAACUGUGCCCAGGGUGGAUAAUAAACCACACAAAGAGGUUACUGAUAGACAUCUUAAAGGCUGCUUAAAGAUGACACAAAGCAGCAAAGAAGAAAUAUUGGCAACGUCUGACGAUGAUACGUGGAAUAAUUCAAGGACUUCAGACACAAACAUCCCAGAGAUUGUUUAUUCACAAGCAGAAGACAAAGACACCAAACCAGCUAAUGAAAAUAUAAAAGAUAAAAAUGCAGAAUACAACCAGGGUGAUCACGAAGAUGAUGAAAAAGAAUUAGAAUUGCUGCUAAAUCAGCACUUCACAGGAGCUAGAGGUACCUCUUCCAGAGAUGAAAGGAAUUUAUACACAACAGAACCAGUUAAUUUUCCAAGUGAAACUGAAAGAUUGGAGAAAAAGCUAACCUGUAUAGAACGCAGCAGUGACUUGCUAAGGCACCCUGUGCCUAUCAGUUCCUCAUCUGAAAACACUUCACAAGAGAUAGGAGGAGAAUUAAAAGAUAAAGUUAAGUAUUCUCUAAGAGAUUAUAAUAGUCAGCCAUCAGGGAAGGAAGGUGCUGCCAGCUCAGUAAACAGCUGUGAGCGGUCUUUGGAACAUACUGGUGCCAGUGAAAGUCUUUUAUCGGCAAAAUAUUUUCCUGGGACAAAGCAGAAUGAGGCUAUCGAUAUUACGGCUACUGUCUCAAGCCAACAAAGAGAGAGCCACACAGAUAUUUCAAAAGGAGAAACAGAUAGUGCCUCGGGAAGUAGGAUGAUGGAGAGGUUAUUCAUCAGUGAGGAUGCUGCUGAUACCUCGAAAGGGGCCUGUGAAACGAGACCAGAAACCAUUCCUCCAGAGCAUGAUGAAUCCAUGCAAUUAAAUGCACACAUAGCAGGAACGCUGGAUGGCAAUGCUAAUCCAGCUCCGGAGCACCAGGUGCCGCAAAUAUCUCACCAAACUCUGGAUUCAUUGUUGUCAGAUGCUGACAAAAAUGAAGGAAAAAUCAAGAUGAUUGAAAGCAAAGUUCAGGUACAUUUAAGAGGAGAUUUAUACGCCGACACUUUUGCACAUUCUGAUGUCUCAAUAGAUUCCACAAAGAGCCAAUAUACGCAAAAAAAAGGAGUUGGUGAAAUGUCAGGAAAGGACCAUAACCCUGAUGCAGGGAAGGAGAAGAAAGUCAUCGAGGUAGCAGACUUAGCGCUAAUCGGCGAGGAGGAAGCACCCAAGCCUUUCGAGUCCCAUCGAAAACACACCACCAAAACGUUGAACACAACGCCUCUGUCAGCCGACGACCACAAACAGGUGCCCAGGCCUGCACAGGCAGAUCCUCCAGCAUCCUCUCCGGGGGAUGAAAGGAGAGACGAAGACACUCGGGAACACAGAGGAUUCACAAGGUUAAAAGACAGAGGAAAGUCAGGCAACACAAAUAAAGGAAGACUGAUAGGAAAGGAAAGCAGAGCAAGCCCCGUGGAGCUGGGGUGGCAGGAAUUGGGUAGCGAGGUGCGGUGGGGAGCGAGGGGGAACACGGGGCCUGGGAGUACGGCUUCCACUGAGGAGUUGUUUACCUGCCAGGAGGCAGAGAGUUGUGAAAAGUCUUCUAUCUCCGAGCAGAGUAUAACAGAGGAAGCAGAGGCAGGUACAGCUUAUAUAAUUAAAACAACAUCAGAAACUGCUCCAGAAAAAAUGUCUGCCAGUGAAAAAGCAGUAAUUGCUAAGCUACCUCAAGAGACUGCACUAAGUGACAGGCCCACAGAGGAAAAGGAAACAGCGUUUGAUACACAUGAAGGGAGAAAUGAUGGUUCACAUUAUGCUCUUUGUCAACUCAACACAGUGGGUGUAUUAUAUGACACUGAAUUUGAAAAGGAAUCAGUUUUAGAUAUUUAUAAUGCACGCAUACAUGAAACACUGCAAGGAGAAACGAUGUCUGUGUGCAAUAGCAGGGAAAAACGUGCCAAAGCACAACCAGACAUCGGUGAUAUUCUACCUGUAGGAGAAGCAGUAAACGCUUCUGCUGCAGGAAAGAAAGAAGAUUUGCAGCAGGGUUUAUAUUCAGAAGUAUCUAAAUGUCCCCCGAGCGCCCAGAAGCACCUAUCCAGUGAGGAAGCAGAAGCACUCUGUAGGGAAGAAAGCCAUGUCGGUACACUCUCCUAUUUACGUGCUGAAGCUGAAACAAAAAUGCCACCUUCUGGUACAAAUGCUAUGUCCAGUUACCAUUCUAAAAGCUCUUUAGUGGCAUCUUCUGUGGCAGGAGAUAUGGAACAUCUGUAUGGACACUUUGAAUUCAAAGCCAUUGACAAGGUUGCUGCUGAGUCAGGGUGCGAUUUAAGUCUACCAGAUGAAAUGACAUGUAUUAAUAAAAGCCUCUCUCCUGAAGCUGAAAAAAAAGAAGUACCUUCCACUUCAGACACAGUGAUUUCUAGAGAAGGAAGAGGAAGGAAUGUAGGUCAAUGUUUCCAUCAGGCAGAGUUCAAACAAGAGAAGCCAUCAAGGCCAGAGGUUUUAAUUAGUAAGCCUACUGAAGAAGUUGGAGGGACACGCUCUCAAUCUGACCGUUUAGUAACUGAGGGGAAAACGCUAAACUGGCUUGAUGACGCACAGAAGGAAAGCCAGCACAUUUCUGAUUUUGCAGAUAUUUCUAACGAGAAGAGUGAAGCACUUAAGUUACCUAGUGAGUCUCCAGCUUUAAAACAUAUUGCCUGCAAAAUCUUUUAUUUCUUCUUCUUUCUUUUAUUUGCUGCAACACUCUACCACUAUGAUUUGAUGGUUUGUCUUGCACUCUACCUGUUCUCCUUGUACUGGCUAUACUGUGAAGGAGGAAGAAACAAGGAGUCUGUCAAGAAAGAAUAACAUUGAUUGUCCACUGUGCUCAAGAUCCAUGGUCAAUAGUCUCCAACCCCUCCACAGCAUUUUCACUGUUAAAGAGCUUAUUCAUUGUUAGAACCAAAGCAAGUUUUCCACUGAAGCAUCUUUUUUAAAAGAUUACAUAUGAAGUUGAGCCUUCAUAUAAGUAAUUAUACUAUAUAGGACCAUUAUGUUUGGAUCAUUAAAUACCUAUAUGAAUAUGAGUUCUGAAGCACGUCAAGUUGAAAUGAAGUACAGCUGUUGCUCCUUAGCAGGAUAUGAAGAAGCAAUGCUUCAUAUCACUUUAGUACUUAAACCCACCAUUUUCUUGCAUUAAUUUCUUUUGCAGUAAAGCUUGAUAUUUUUCUGGGAGUUUUUUCUAAGUUUUUGUGUAGUUCUUAACACAAGGAACGGUAUAAAAACUAACUCAGUAUUUUGGUACUGACAUUGCAGUUGAUAAUCUGCUAGUCUAAUUAGCCAAUGCUCUAAGAAAUAUGACAUCCAUUGGUAGGUUAAUAUUUUUUUUCCAAAUUUUUAUUUAAUUGUUUUGACUUAGAGCUCCAGUGCUACCCCUGUUUGAAAAAUGUAAGGCUUUGACUUCAGUAACAUCACGUAACUUUCAGGAUGUAACUGCGUAGCAGAAUAGAUGUGCUGUUUCCACCCUGAAGAGAUUGCAGGCCACAGCCACAGGCCUCUUACCAUUCACUCACAUGCACGAAUGUUUUUGGUUUUUGUAAAUGAGGACUGUGUAACAUGAUUGAGAAUUUCACUGAAUUAAGUAUUAUUCCAGACAAAGCCUUUGAAUAACAUUUUUCAUCAGCGUUGCUUGAGCAUAUCUACAAAGCAUUAAAUAAAUUUUACAAAGGAGUGCUAUGACUGUGUGGAGCAUGUCUGAAUUAGGUUUACUGCUUUUUUCUAUGGCUUGCUACCUAAAACUUAUCAAACAUCAAGAAAAAACACAGGGCAUAGCCCUGGCAUUCAGUGAGGCUGCUUUGAGUGGUUUGGGUGAGGCAGAAAAACCUGGUAUCUGCCCUGAGAAGAGCCCAGAUUGAUCCCACGCAGCAGGAGCCCCACAGGGCAGGCACACUGGUGGCUCUGCUGCUCCAGCAUCGUGGGUCUCCCACGUAGGGUCAUGCCCAAAGUUUGCCUGGAAAGAAAAGGAUGGAUAGAUUAUGUUGCGCUUCAGCCAUUUUCCAGAUGAUGGUCACAAAUGCCAUCAUAGGUUAAAAGAAGCACUAACACUAUGUAAUGUUACUGGAACCCUAGAAUUUAAGGAGGAAAAAGAGUUGGUUUUAAGCUGUGUUUGUUUCCCUCUUCUCACUGCCACUGUGAAAUACUGCAUCAACUGUGAAAGGCUUGGAUGCAAUAUAUGGCUGAAGCUACAUAACAGUGAAGUUAUGUAGUUGUUAGCUUAGCUCUGAAAUAAGUCUUUUAAAGUCCAUUUAAAACUUAUUCACAUGUUUCAGGAUAUUAGGAGACUCUGCUACAGGAGGCACCUUGGCAUUCCUGUUCUACAGGGGACAAAACUUUCGAGCAUUGUGGGAGCGGUGCAUUCAGUGGGGUGAGCAAAUGUGUGGGUGAUCUAUUGCUGAUGUGCGUGUUGACGGCUGGAUACCUUGACAACUUUUGACAGCAAUUCAUGAAUGAGUUAUAGUGAUGGGCUAGACACAUUGAGGAGCAACACGUAAGUCUGUGAUACUGGUCCAGAUGUUCAAAGAUAUAUAGGAGUUAAUGCUCAUUGAGAUAAAGAAAUUAAUUCGACAGGCAUUAGGAGCUCGAUCCAAUAAAAAGCUUAGGCUUAGACUUAAAGUAGGAUUGGGGUUGAAUCUGUGUAAGUCCAAAAUAAUGAUCACAAACCCUUCUUUACCCCGCAGACUACAAAUGCUGAAAGAACAUAGCCUUUUUGUGAUGUUUAUAGGCACUUUUUAAAAAAUGACACUCCCUUACUUUUGGUGGUUCGCUCUCUGCAGUAUGAAAAGUCCCUGGUCUAAAUGGUUCAGAAUUUCAGCCUCACUGGGAUAGACACGUCAAGUAUGGCUUCCCUUCCCAAUACAGUGGGAGCUAUUGAGUAGCGUGAUAUAUUCUGACAGGAUCAAGGUCCUCAGUUAGAGGGCUAAAAAGGUGGAGGAAGCACCCUGCAUCUGUCCUGCUGAAACUGUCGCUGUGCAGUCAAGUACCAGAGCCCUGGGGCCAGAGAGAACAAGCACAUAAGACACAUUUUAGUCUAAUUGUUAAAACCACCAUGCCAGAAAGAAGAAUCUUUAGAUUCAGUUCCCAAUUCAAAGUCAUCUUCAAUCUAAUUUACCCUCUAACACUUUAAAGCAAAAUUCAUAAAAGACCAAAACCCAGGUUCCUGUCCUGUUAGGUAAAUGUUCUAUUUACUAAACCACAGGAUUCAAACCCAUGUUUGCAUAUCUCCAGCUUUACCAAACCUGGGCCUUCCAUCCAGCAGGAUGUACUUUAACCACUGGAUUACUAUUGUCAGGGGGAUUCUGGUCCCCAGGGUUUGGAAGUACCUCUGUGCAUAGAUGGGUUCCUACUUUGUCAACUGGGUGAAGCUGAAAGUGAUUCUCUGCUCAAAAUAAUAGCUACUUUUCUUUUCCAUUUGAAGGCGGAGACUUUCAUUUGCAGCUCACAUCCCAGGGGAGUUUUCUUCUCCCAGAGAUUUGGUCCUAGAAGAGACAUAUAAUGUCUAUUUCCUAGAGAAACCUAAAUCAGAUGUAGUCCAAACGCUUAAGCAUCUGAGAUGAUAGCUAAAUAACUUUAUAUAUCUUGGAGAGGGACCUUAUUGCAAUCAAAGUUGAGCAGUUCAGCCACUAUGCAAGUGGGAAAGCCUGGCUGUGUUUUUUGAUUGAAUCUUUGGGACUGCAAGGAGAGUGCACUUUGGGAAAUCAUUUGGUCUUUUACCUG